AUGAUGGCAUCUGCAGACCUGAGAGAUGAGCUAAACUGCUCCAUCUGCCUGAAUAUUUAUACCGAUCCAGUAACUCUGACAUGUGGACACAACUUCUGCCUGCUCUGCAUUGGGAAUGUGCUGGAUACACAGCAGGAAUCUGGAAUUUAUACCUGUCCUGAGUGCAGAGCAGAGUCACAGGAUCGUCCAGCACUGCAGAGAAACACAACUCUGUGUAACAUCACAGAUCGUUUUCGAUCUGCCCAGCAAAUGGAGGAAGAUACGGGGAUCGCCUGUACUUACUGUUUGCACAUUCUUGUACCUGCUGCUAAAACAUGUCUGCUUUGUGAAGCUUCUUUGUGUGAAACCCAUCUAAUGGUCCACAGCAAGUCAGCAGAACAUGUCAUAACUGAACCCACUACUUUCUUGGAAAACAGAAAAUGCUCAGUACACAAAAAGGCACUGGAAUAUUAUUGCACUUUUGAUGCUACCUGUAUCUGUGUGUACUGCAACGUGAUUGGAGAUCACAAGGGGCACCAAGUGAAGAUAUUAAAUGAAGCCUCUGAAAAUAAGAAGAACAACCUGAGAGACAAUUUGAAGGUACUGAUGUCACAGAGGGUGGGAGCUGAGGAAAGAGUUGCAAGUCUGCAAAAGCACAGGACAGAUGUGAAAGAAAAGGCAGUUGUUGAAACUGAGCGAGUUACUGCUGUGAUCAGGGAAAUCAGGGAACAGUUAGAAGCCGUAGAGAAACAAGUCCUUGGUGAGAUCUCUAACCAGGAAGAGCAGGUUUCACUUCAAGUCUCAAAUCUAAUCCAGCAACUGGAAUUAAAGAUGGAGGAGCUGGCCAGGAAGAUAAUUCACACUGAGGAGCUGUUAAACAUAACUGACCCAUUAACUGUUCUACAAGAAAAGGAAUCACUCAGUGCUGGAUUUUAUGCUGUUCAGAGGGGAGGAGGAGAGGUUCUAGGAGAUCUGGAUGUAGGUGUGAUCUUGAGUACAUUACAUUGUGGCUUAGGUAAUAUAAUAACUGGUUUAAAGAAUAAACAUAAGAUCAUGGUGAUUUCAAACACGUUACUAGAUAUAAACAUGUCUUCAGACAUAUCACUGGAUGAAAACACAGCUAACAAUAAUGUAAUUCUAUCACAGGGCUUAAAAACUGUAUCUUGGACACACACUAAUCAAAAUCGCAGAGACACACCGGAAAGAUUUCAGCAUUGUCCUCAGGUUUUAAGCAGGGGGAGUUUUAACUCAGGACGACAUUACUGGGAAGUGGAGACCAGUAAGAAUGGGUGGAUUAUAGGGAUGUGCUAUCAGAGAGUAGUUAGGAAGAAAAACCAAUCAUACUAUGCACAUCAAAACACAUUAAUCAAUAGAAAUUUAUACAACAGACUCCCUAGUCAAAAUGAUCCAAAUUAUGGUAUAGACUCCUAUUUUGGUGAUAACGUUUCCUGGCAAUUGCGUUGCUAUAAUAAUCAAUACUCAUUUAUUUGUAAUAGUCAAGUAUCCAGCCUAAAUAUUGAUUCUACCUGUCAGAAAUUAGCGAUGUACCUGGAUUAUGAGGCUGGGAAGCUGUCAUUCUAUGAGCUGUGUGACCCUAUCAGAAAAAUAUAUACAAUAGCAUAUACCUUCACUGAACCUCUUCAUGCAGCAAUUUGUGUCUGGGAUAAUGCUUGGGUAAAAAUCACAACUUAAAAUUCUGACACAGACUAGUGAACGUGGUUAGUUAUAUAAUGGCAGCGCAGUGUUAUGGUGAUAUAAAAAGGGUAGAAGACUGCUACUAGUAGAUACACUUUAGUCUUUACUACAACCACUGGAAAGCUAACAGUGAUUUAGAUCAGGUAGUAGAUACCUAGAAUAAUAUUGUUGUGGAUGUAUAAAAGGCUAACAGUGAUACAUAAAAGGUAGUAGAUAAUAAUUAGUAGAUAUUAAUGAUAUUAAUGAAAGUAUUUAAGGCGAACACAGUAAAAACAUUUAAUGAUAAUUCAAUAAUGCUAGGGAUGUGUGUAAAGUCACUAUUGUUAUUAUUAUAAAUAGCAUGUAUAAAGCAUCAACAAUUUUUGCAGUGCCUCAUAGUUAUACAAUGAAGCAAUAAUAAUAUUUAUUUAACUAACAUACAAAAAUAAUGUUACCAGACACAAGAGGAGAAGAAUAACAUGGUCAAAAAAGCUUAAAAUGAAAAGGAAAUAAGUAAAAAAAAAAAAAAAAAGAAAUCAGCCUGAGAUUUUACCAUUAGCAAACUAUAUCUGUUGGUUGCAAUCUGAAACAUUUUUUUUAUUAUUUAUUUUGGUUCAAUUUGCUAUGUUAACUGUUUUGUUCUUUUUUUUUUAAGCACCAAUUGUGGAGUGUGUUUCAAUAUAAGUUGUGGUCAAGACUAGUCAAGAUUGGCUUCUCAUUGCAUCAUGGAAACCUCAAACUGAGUGGUAGCUUUUUACUAAUAAAACGCAAUGCUUCCUUGCCUUGUGAUUAAACCCUUAAGGACGGAGGCAAUUGUACACGUUCUGAUCAAACCAAAAUGUGCACAAACCCUAGAGUUGGAGCUAUAUGUCUGUUCAAUCAUUAUUUACCUGUUUCAUAUGAAGUGCACCUACACCUAUUAUAUAUAAUUUUGUUCAGGAGAAACAGGACUUUCAUUUCCAAUCAAAUAUUUAUAAAUGAAACAUAAUUUAAUAUGAAUAAAAUCUUUAAAAGUUUGAGAAAUUAAGAAAUGUUAUUUUCCAAGUUCUCUGUGGCAUUUUAACUUUGCAUAGAUUGAACAUGUGUGACAUUAUGACAUUAAUACAGUUGCGACAACAUCACUGUAAGACAUAACAUGAGAACAUGAGAAAAGGGACAAGUGACUGCACUGAGGCAUAGCUAACAACAUUACUGAAGGGUAUUGUCUAUACAAGGUCAAUGUAAGAGUAGUCAAGAUAACACUUUGCCAGAUUGGUUUGUUUGGCCUAUAUUGCCUUUGAGACCGUAUGGCAGCCCAGGAAUGAGAAUUACCCCUAUCACUGCAUACCAUUUGCAAAAGUACAACUCAAGGUAUUGAAAAUGUGGUACGUCCAGUCUUUUUUUAGUAGCCACUUAGUCGCAAAUCCUGGCCAAAGUUAAGAGUUCAUAUUUGAUUUAUGCAUUUUUUACAAAAAAACUGCCUAAUCACCUAUGAUAUAAUCUAAAACGCUCAUCAACUGGUGGUCUCAACUGCACAUUUUAGAGUGGCCUUUUAUUGUGGCCAGCCUAAGGCACACCUGUGCAAUAAUUAUGCUGUCUAAUCAGCAUCUUGAUAUGCCACACCUGUGAGGUGGAUGGAUUAUCAUGGCAAAGGAGAAGUGCUCACUAACAAAGAUUUAGACAGAUUUGUGAACAAUAUUUGAGAGAAAUAGGACUUUUGUGUACAUAGAAAGUCUUAGAUCUUUGAGUUCAGCUCAUGAAAAAUGGGGGCAAAAACAAAAGUGUUGCGUUUAUAAUUUUGUUCAGUAUAUAGAGAGGAUGAUGUGGAAGCUAAAGGCAUACACUCAAAAUGGGAUUAACCCAUACAAAACUACCAAGGUAGUGAAAAAAGGAAGAAAAGAGAUCUGAGUGCCCUAGUUUAAAAAAUAUAAUUUUUAAUGAUAAAGGUUAAAAAGUAAAAACGUAGGUACCCAUGCGAAAAUGCACAAAAAUGGUCAGCAUAUGCUUAUAAUAGGCUGUACACUAAUAGAUCACUAUGUACAAGAACCAUAAACCUAUUAAAAAAAGUAGUAUAUAUAUACACUGCUCAAAAAAAUAAAGGGAACACAAAAAUAACACAUCCUAGAUCUGAAUGAAUUAAAUAUUCUUCUGAAAUACUUUGUUCUUUACAUAGUUGAAUGUGCUGACAACAAAAUCACACAAAAAUUAAAAAAUGGAAAUCAAAUUUUUCAACCUAUGGAGGUCUGGAUUUGGAGUCACACUCAAAAUUAAAGUGGAAAAACACACUACAGGCUGAUCCAACUUUGAUGUAAUGUCCUUAAAACAAGUCAAAAUGAAGCUCAGUAGUGUGUGGGGCCUCCAAGUGCCUGUAUGACCUCCCUACAACGCCUGUGAAUGCUCCUGAUGAGGUGGCGGAUGCUCUCCUGAGGGAUCUCCUCCCAGACCUGGACUAAAGCAUCUGCCAACUCCUGGACAGUCUGUGGUACAACGUGACGUUGGUGGAUGGAGCGAGACAUGAUGUCCCAGAUGUGCUCAACUGGAUUCAGGUCUGGGGAACGGGCGGGCCAGUCCAUAGCAUCAAUGCCUUCGUCUUGCAGGAACUGCUGACACACUCCAGCCACAUGAGGUCUAGUAUUGUCUUGCAUUAGGAGGAACCCAGGGCAAACCGCACCAGCAUAUGGACUCACAAGGGGUUUGAGGAUCGCAUCUUGGUACCUAAUAGCAGUCAGGCUACCUUUGGCGAUCACAUGGAGGGCUUUGCGGCCCCCCAAAGAAAUGCCACCCCACACCAUUACUGACCCACUGCCAAACUGAUCAUGUUGGAGGAUGUUGCAGGCACCAGAACGUUCUCCGCGGCGUCUCCAGACUCUGUCACGUCUGUCACAUGUGCUCAGUGUGAACCUGCUUUCAUCUGUGAAGAGCACAGGGCGCCAGUGGCGAAUUUGCCAAUCUUGGUGUUCUCUGGCAAAUGCCAAACGUCCUGCGGACCUGUGGACGUCGGAUCCUCAUGGAGUCUGUUUCUGACCGUUUGAGCAGACACAUGCACAUUUGUGGCCUGCUGGAGGUCAUUUUGCAGGGCUCUGGCAGUUCUCCUCCUGUUCCUUCUUGCACAAAGGCAGAGGUAGCGGUCCUGCCGCUGGGUUGUUGCCCUCCUACGGCCUCCUCUACGUCUCCUGAUGUACUGGCCUGUCUCCUGGUAGCGCCUCCAUGCUCUGCACACUACGCUGACAGACUCAGCAAACCUUCUUGCCACAGCUCGCAUUGAUGUGCCAUCCUGGAUGAGCUGCACUACUUGUGCCACUUGUCCAAAUUGGGCCCAAAGUGUCAAUAUUUUGUGUGGCCACCAUUAUUUUCUAGCACUGCCUUAACCCUUAUGGGCAUGGAGUUCACCAGAGCUUCACAGGUUGCCACUGGAGUCCUUUUCCAUGACGACAUCACGGAACUGGUGGCUGUUAAAGACCUUGCGCUCCCCCACCUUCUGUUUGAGGAUGCCCCACAAACGCUCACUAGGGUUUAGGUCUGGAGACAUGCUUGGCCAAACCGAUCAUGUUUAGCAAGGCAGUGGUCAUCUUGGAGGUGUGUUUGGGGUCGUUAUUAUGUUCGAAUACUGCCUUGUGGCCCAGUCUCUGAAGGGAGGGGAUCAUGCUCUGCUUCAGUAUGUCACAGUACAUGUUGGCAUUCAUGGUUUCCUCAAUUAAUGCAGGCCCAGACCAUGAUACUAUCACCACCAUGCUUGACUGUAAGCAAGACAUACUUGUCUUUGUACUCCUCACCUAGAUGCCGCCACACACGCUUGACACCAUCUGAACCAAAUAAGUUGAUGUUGGUCUCAUCAGACCACAGGACAUGGUUCCAGUAAUCCAUGUCCUUAGUCUGCUUGUCUUCAGCAACCUGUUUGCAGGCUUUCUUGUGCAUCAUCUUUAGAAGAGGCUUCUUUCUGGGACGACAGCCAUGCAGACCAAUUUGAUGCAGUGUGCAGCGUAUUGUCUGAGCACUGACAGGCUGAUCCCCCCACCCUUUCAACCCCUGCAAUGCUGGCGGCACUCAUAUGUCUAUUUCCCAAAGACAACCUCUGGAUAUGACGCUAAGCACGUGCACUCAACUUCUUUGGUCGACCACGGCGAGACGAGGCCUGCUCUGAGUGGAACCUGUUCUGUAAAACCGCUGUAUGGUAUUGCCCACCGUGCUGCAGCUCAGUUUCAGAGUCUUGGCAAUCUUCUUAUAGCCUAGGCCAUCUUUAUGUAGUGCAACAACUCUUUUUUUCCCAGAUACUCAGAGUUCCUGGCCAUGGGGUGCCAUAUUGAACUUCCAGUGACUAGUAUGAGAGAGUGUGAGAGCGAUAACACCAAAUUUAACACACCUGAGACCUUGUAACACUAAUGAGUCACAUGACACCGGGGCCCAGUUUUGACAUUUCCACUUAGAGGUGUACUCACUUUUGUUGCGAACGGUUUAGACAUUAAUGGCUGUGUGUUGAGUUAUUUUGAGGGGACAGCAAAUUUACACUGUUAUACAGUCUGUACACUUACUACUUUACAUUAGCAGAGUGUCAUUUCUUCAGUGUUGUGUCACAUGAAAAGAUAUAAUAAAAUAUUUACAAAAAUGUGAGGGGUGUCCUCACUUGUGUGAGAUACAGUACAUAUGUGUGUGUAUGUAAAAUGUUCUUAUUAUAUUUAUUUGGUCUAAUUUUGUUUCAACUUUUUUUGCAGUUUGGGGGACUACCUGACAACCCAGACAGUCCCCCUGCAAGCAGUUCAGCAGACUUCCAUUCCGGCCAUGUGAUAAGGGACAUUUCUGUACUCAUGGUAUCUAUAUGUUGAAUAAAUCCAAUGAACUUUCUUGCAUAAAUGCAAUGUUGUGUAUGUAUUUGUUAAUAAUAAAAUAUUUUCUGAAAUUUUAUCCAAAACCAGGGACUAAAUGGCUGCUUUCAGUGUCAAAAGCCCAGCAGAUCAAUAUCUUGAAUGUCUAAAUUUUUUGAUAUAUACUUUAUGUUUUCGGUGACCACCAUUAGACUCAGCUGAUACAAACAAGUAGUGUGUAACAAUCGUGCAGAUAUAAAUCAGAGCAGCUCAAAACACUCGUGAAGAGUUCCUCACUUCCCUCACCAAAUAACAAUGUUUAAUGGAAGUAUAUUACAAGUGCAAGACUUAUAACAUAUAAAUGGAGUGAUGUGUAAAUAUGUAAUAAUUAAGUCUUUUUUAUUUAUACAGCACUUCACUUCUAUGUUAUAAGUCAUGCACUUUUAAUAUACUUAUAUUAAACUCCGCUAUCUUACAAAUCAAAAUAUGAUGAAAUGGCAAAAAAAUAUGUGGAAAUCCACCCUUUGACGAUCUGAAGAAAGUCCACUUGUUGGUCUCUAGAUAUGUUUUCCUUUAUCUCCAACUGAAAAGCAUAUUAAUUAAAUAUGUCUACAUGGAGCCAGGCAUGCUUAUGGCAUAUUGGCCCAAAGUCUUGUUUUGCUGCUGGAAUACUCCUGCUAAACCUAAACUGCUAUCGCAGUGUUAUCAUACAAUCCAAGGGCAUUUUCGCUCCCAAAAACACAAAUGUCUGCUGCAAUGGGAGGCAGAGGGAAGAGAGACUAUAUUGGGCAAUAAUUGGGUUCAAGCACUUAAUGCAUCGGGGCAGGGCUCGAUAAAUCCCAGAUGCCAUAGCAACCACAAAUUUUGUCCUAGCACCUGGGUGUUUGUCAGUCCUUUCAGCACUGGCCGCCUUAGUGCCACUCGAGGCAGUCAGUUGUGCAGAAGGGAGCUGUAAUCUUCCUUCUCUGCUUGCAAUUGAUAAAGCCUGUUUUUUGGCGAAACGCGUUGUUUUUAUAAGAAUCCAAUAAAAGAUAGAAUGGCAUGUCCCGGACUCGGACAAACAAUGGGUCCAUAUGGAGCGGCUUCAGGCCAGGGGGCGUAUUCCAUCGAUGGUAUGGAUACAAAACCUGACAAACGAUGGUAUCCUGCGGAACCACCCAUUCAUAGGCGCAACACUGAGAACAUGGACAACCAUCCGAUUCAAGCUGCAGCUCACCACGAACCCGGCCCCCCUGACACCUGUGAUACACAACCCGGACCUGGCGGGAGGCCUGACACAGGGGGAUAUUGAGGGACUGGGGGAGGGGACGAAACAAUACCUUCGGACAUGGUGUGCUAAUAAAGCCCUAAGGCCGCUGGAAGCCAUGCUGGGCCAGAGCAGGGAGACAGGGAUCUUACGAUUUAGGUACCACCAGAUACGCCAGUACUAUGCCACACUUCAGGGGAAACACCUGAUCCACCGAGACCUCACACACUUUGAAACGCUAUGUGAAGGGGGAACACACCCGACACGCGGGAUAUCGACCCUAUAUGCCAUGCUCCUGGGUGCCGACGCGGGACCCCCGGCACACUUCCACUCAAAGUGGGAACAAGCAACAGGCGUCACCUUAAAGGAACCACAAUGGGAGCAAAUACACGUUCUGUCCCACCAGGGGAUACUUAGUUCUAAAAUGCAGGAACUUAAUUAUAAACUCCUGACGCACUGGUACCGGACCCCCGCACGACUCCAUGCCAUGGGGGUCACCCCCGACAACACGUGUUGCAGAUGUGACAUCGCCGAAGGGACGGCAUUACACCUGUGGUGGUCUUGCCCUCGGAUAGCCCCCUUCUGGCAACAGAUCCAUGACAAAGUGGUGGACAUCAUGGGGGAAGACAUCCCCAUGGAGCCCCUCCCUAUGCUUUUAAACCACACUCAGAUACCCCUGGGGCGUUACAAGAAAACCCUUAACAGACACUUUCUCAACGCAGCCAAAAGCCUCAUCCCCGCCAGAUGGAAAUCGCCAGUUGUCCCUACCAUUACUUAGUGGAUAGAAAAGGUCAAUGAACUUUAUAACAUGGAAAUUCUUACGGCAGAACUCAGGGGCACGCAAGACCGCUGCACUCGCCUGUGGACACCGUGGAUCUCCUACAGCUCGGACCGGAGGUGGGGGCGGCCGAGGGCGGACCGUCUGAGGCCAGACGAGGAGGCGGAGUAGCGUGGGAGGAGUCUGGAUCGCGGCCGCGCGGGACCCCCCACCUUCCCCCCCCUCCUUUUUCCCUGUUUUUUUUUUCUCUCUUCUUCUUCUUCUCUCACUCUCUCUCACUCUCCCUCUCUCUCUCUGUCUCUCCACAUGCCCCAACGAUGAAGCGAAGGUGA